UUACUUCAUCCUUCUCUUUCUUUCUUACGCAGAACCGCCGUUGAUAUCUACCCUCACAAAAGAAUCUCCAUUCUUUCCGACCGCUCCCGCCUAUUUCCCCAUCUCGGAAAACCCUAACUCUACUGUCCCCAGUGAAAAGCUAUUCCUUGGAACAUGAAUUCCAGGCUCACGACGUCUCUGGUGCUUCAAAUCCUCCGCCACGGCCGUAGCUCCGCCCUCUGCUUCUCCACCGCCUUUUCUUCUCAGGUGAUUGUACGCCGUUCCGGGACGAUCGGUCGCCGCUCUAUCCUUGGCGUCGAUGCAUGGGAACGCUCCUUCGGUUCCGCGGCGCCGGAGCUGGCGAAGGCGGAUGCGGAUGCGGAUGCGGCCGAGAAGGAGACAUCAAUCGCCGAGACCGUGAACCGGGAGGUCGGGUCCCGGCCGGACACCGGCGCGGUCGUGUCGAGUUACUGGGGGAUAAGGCCGUCUAAGAUCACUAAGGAGGACGGGACUGUUUGGCCUUGGAAUUGCUUCCGGCCUUCGGAUACGUAUACCGCCGAUCUCUCGAUCGAUCUCACGAAGCAUCAUGUGCCUAAGACGUUCUUGGACAAAGUUGCUUAUCGGACGGUUAAAUUUCUCCGCGUUCCAACUGAUAUCUUCUUCCAGAGAAGAUAUGGCUGCCGUGCAAUGAUGCUAGAGACAGUUGCAGCCGUGCCGGGCAUGGUGGGAGGCAUGCUUCUGCAUUUGCAGUCACUGAGAAGGUUUGAGUACAGCGGUGGCUGGAUCAAGGCGCUUCUUGAAGAAGCAGAGAACGAGAGGAUGCACCUCAUGACGAUGGUGGAGAUUGUGGAGCCGAAAUGGUACGAAAGACUGCUGGUUCUGGCCGUUCAGGGCGUCUUCUUCAAUGUCUAUUUCGUUCUCUACCUGCUAUCUCCGAAGCUUGCGCACAGAGUCGUGGGCUACCUUGAGGAAGAAGCCAUCCAUUCUUAUACAGAAUUCUUGAAGGACUUAGAUAGUGGGGCUAUUCCCAAUGUUCCCGCGCCUGCCAUUGCUAUAGACUACUGGAGACUGCCGAAGGAUGCCCGGCUCAAGGAUGUGGUGCUUGUGAUCAGAGCAGACGAAGCCCACCAUCGUGAUGUCAAUCACUUUGCCUCUGAUUUGCGUUAUCAAGGGAGGGAACUAAAAGAAGCCCCGGCCCCCAUUGGGUUCCAUUGACUAUCGAGAAUUUUUGUUUGGGUACCUCCGGUAAGGUUGCUAUCAGAAGGGUGUGGCGUGCACGUAUUAUGACCACGAAAAUUUGCCAUUCGAAUGUCAGAAAAUACUAUGAAAUUCUCUUGUUGUUGUAAAGCGUAAAUAAAACUAGUGGCUGCUCAAAAACAUGUUUAGAUUUUAAACUCUAGAGUUGCGACGUUGUAUGGAAGGGCAAUCAGGUUUGGCUAUCAAUCCCCUGUUCUUAAAGUGGUCGAGGUUAUGAAUUCCCUCUGUCUAUCAUUUAUAGCUGGAACUUGUGUUGUUAGUAGAAUUAUCAUGUAUUCAUCUGUA